UGGUCUUGCUAAAACAAAGUAGAAAUGCAGGAAAUACAGUUACCACUUUCAGUUUUUCUCUUUUCUUUUGGGAUGAAUAAGUGACCAUGCCUGGUUGCUUUUGUCUCUCUGACUGCUUAUAAUUCCAAACUGAAACAGCUAUGCAUAGGUUUUCUGCAGAAUGCAUGUUAGCUGAUCUUUGAUUUGUGGCUGAAGAUACCAUAUUGGAUGCAUGUUUGAAGUUUGAAAAAUUACUACUGAAUUAGGUCUUCUUUGACUACCGCUCUUCCUAUAAAUUGCUGCAAAAGAAAUGAUUUUGGUUGAUUGGUCUGCAAGGCCAGGUAGUCUAAGACAAGUGUCAAAGCAAGUUGGUUCCUGCAGAAAACUUGGUCUUUUGGAAUUGAGUUUCCUUGGAUGAUCCAUGAAGAAAAGCAAGCUUCUGUGAUGAGAAAUGAGCUAAAGGGGGACUAUCCAUCUUUGAUGAAGCUUCAGGCUUUAGUGGUUCUUCAUGGAGUUGAAAAACAUAUUUGAAGAUCAAAUGGCUACUCCUCUGUGGUUCUUCAGAUUCCCACCACCAUUGAUUGUGGUUCUUGUUCCAUUGUUUAUAUUGGUGGCUUUGAUAUUGGGGUUUGGGUUCUACUCCAUUUUCCUAACAUCUAUAGCAGUGAUACUGUCUUCUCUUUUUUUCACAUGUUCCGAGCAAAAACCUGUUCUGCUUGAGAAAUUAGUUGAAGAAAGAAUUACUUCUAAAUCUGAUAAUGAAAGUGCUGCUGCACAAGAGAAGGAUGUUCUAAAAGCAAGUACGAAUAAUGAGGCUCCCAGAUACUUGAUGGCACCACAAAGUUCAACACCAGAUUUGGUAGCAGAAAGUGCAUGCCUUGAUGAGUUAUCAUCUAGUGAGGAUUCUGAAGUACUAGACUGGCCAUUUGAAGACAAUGUGGAUCGGAGUCCGGAUUGCUCAGACGGUUCAAUAUCCGACGAGGAAAGCCUUAUCGAAAUAUCCCUCCCCGGUGGAUAUUAUGUUGGCCAUGACAAGGAAGAAGAGUCCAUCUUUAGUCUGCCACAAAAAAUGUCAGGUUUGUCACAGAAGGCCAUUUUCCAACAGCAUACUCUAUUUGAGUUCUUAGCUGAGAUCAAUGAGGAAGAAAAUAUGAUUGAAAUUGACAUAUCCAUGGGCUCAAUUAAGUGUUCAAGAUUUGAGAUUGAAGCUUAAUCAACGAGUUAGCUAGCCCCCUUUCACAGUUCACCAUAUUUUGAGUUUUUGAUCCUCCUGGAUUUGGUUGCUGAUGUUAUAGAGUAGUAGUACAUGCUUCUGUUCUUAUUUGUUACUUUGUGCUUAUGACUAACUUUGGAUACCUACUAAAGCACUUGUACUAUUUGCUCCCUUUCUCUUUUCUCAUAAUGCACAUUAAUUUAAGUAUCAAAAGCUUGAAAGUCAAUAAACAUAUAUUUGAUUUU